AUGUGCGUCGCCCUGCCCCCACACGAGCGCUCGCCGCUCCUCGCUGGCAACGGCACCAGCGACCAGGGCCACACGCGCACCGCCCUCAACCCGAGAGCGCCCUCGUUCAAGCUCGACCACCCCCGAGCGGGCGACGCCGCCGCCAGCCGACCUCCUGUCGUCGCUCCUUCCGCCGUCGCCGUCGCGGCAGCACCAGCACCGCCACCAGCACCGCCGACGUCGCAGGGCUUGCCCAGCAACGCCCUCCUUGUCGACUCGAGCGCCGACCCGGCAGCGCACGACUCGGACUCGCCCGCCGCAUCCACCUCGUCCCUCCUCACGGCGACCGCCGGCGCCCCUCGCCCCUUUGCGCACCCGCACGCCCACUUCGUCUCGACCUCCGACGCGCACGGUCACGGUCACGGCGGCCCGUCGCCCCGCCCCGGCUCGCCCACCUCGAGCCAGUCGUCCUUCUCGUCCCUGUCGUCGCACUACUCGCUCCUCCCCCUGCGCACGUUCCGCAACUACCACCUCGUCCAGUUCGCCCUCACCUUCCUCUUCCUCUUUGUCGUCCCCGUCGUCGUCGUCGUCGUCCUCGCGCACCAGUUGCGCUGGGAGGCGUUCCUCCUCGGCGUCGCGAGCUGGCUCGCGUCCGAGCAGCUGCGCGAGGUCGUGUUCGAGCUGUUCACGCCGGCGGGCGCAGCCGUCGACGACGGCGACGACUACGACACGGUCGAGGUCGCCCUCGAGGAGCCGCUGCCGCCCGUGUCGCCGUCGAGGGCGCACGGUGCGACGCACCUCGCCCUCCCGACGAUCGUCCACGCCCUCGCGCAAGAAGCGCUCCGCCUCGGCGCCGUCGCCCUCGUCGUCAAGCUCCUCCCCUCCGUCUCGACCUCGACCUCGACCCCGUCCCCCUCCCUCGCCGCCGCCCCUCACUCGCCGCACGAGCGCGCGCCCCUCCCUCCCCUCGACCCGCUCUUCUGGUCGGCCCUGUGGCUCGGCCUCGGCAGCGCCAUGACCGAGAUCCUUUGGGGCAGUCGCCGCCUGUGGAAGCAGCUCGAGCUGUACGCCGACGUCCUGCCGCGAGACGGCGACGGGCGCGACUUGGACGAGGAGGGGGUCCUGAGGGGCGUCGGGAGGAGGAGGGCGGCCGAGCACGGGCACGGGCACGGGCACGACGAGGAGGAAGAAGACGAGUACCGGGACGAGGGCGAGGAGGACGAGCAAGAGUACAGCGUUGUCGAGUGCUUCGCGGGCGCAGGGCCAGGGUACGAGCGCGGGCUCGACGGCACGACGGACGGCGGCGACGACGAGGAGUUUCAGCGGCGUCUGAGGGCGGUACAGCGGGACGAGCUCGAGGCGCAGCUGGGCGUGCCGCUGCCCGAGGUGCCGGUCGGCGUCGUCAUCCUCCUCUCGCUCAUCUUCACCCUCCUCCUCUCGCUUCCCUUCCGCCUCACGCCGCCCUCCCUCUUCACCUUUCGCCUCGCCCCGACGUUCGCCUUUGCGGCCCUCACGCACGCCGCCCUCGCGUACGCCUGGCUCGCGACCGUCAAGACGUACGGGAUCCCGAGCGUGAGCUUCGCGAGCCUCGUCGCGCUCCUCGGCAUGCUGUUUGGCGUCCUCGGCGCGUGGGGCGUCUUGGUGUAGCUCGUCGUGCGCAGGAGGACAGUGCAUCGAGCCGGUUUUGCAGCGAG